AUGGAUGAAGACUCCCCGAAGAAGGGGCUCAACUCUUCAAGCAUCCACUCUUCUAUUACGCGAGUCGAGGAGAGUGAUCAAUGGUGGGGCCAUCCGCCAUGUGUCUGCUGCCACUCUGACCGAGGCUGCCGCCAACACAACCCAGCGCAAGAGCCCACCUACUACAAUACCCUUCUGCCUCCUAAAUUACAGGGCUCUAGAUCCUUGUGUCGCCUCUUGGAUACGAUCUGGUCCAUCAUUCAGGGCACAGCUCUUCCCAAAGAAGCCUUGGAAACUCCAGACACGUAUACGAAGACUGAGCCUCUGUUCUUCUCAUCCCUACCAUUCGAUCCCCUGUCGGUCAAUACCCUCACACCCAUCCACCCAAGCAUGCCGUACCACCUUGCUUUCUACCACCUCGACUGUAUCCGCCGGCAGCUCGAUGUCAAUGUCCCUAUUGCCUUCAUCCCAGAGCUAUCAUGCAGCGGUAUCGCACACUUUUACAACAACGGCCCAGAAUAUGCAUGGUCGAGCGAGGUCUACUUCGAGAAUGGCAGUUUCCUACAGAAACAGGAAAUCAGCUAUGUUGUAGAGAAAGGCUUCAACAUCAAAGACAUCGAGUUCACCGAAUGCCCCCACAUAACGUUUACUGUUGGACGGCCUUCCUUUGUUGAGCAGGACGGCUGGCAAGUGGCAAAAAGCACAAUCAGGUCUACCGUCAACGGGCAACCUUACUGCAGAUCAUGGACGAGCAUUGAUGGGCGCUCCUCCAAGAUGAGCAGGUGUUUAGUAUGUCAUUCAGAUCAUGAGCAAAUCUUGGAGGUAAUUGGCCGCCAACUCCAUGUACGCAAUACCUGCUACAGAGACUUGGGCUUCGGCACGGAUCGAUGCCAACCCAAAUGGACAGCCCUGUUGACAGGAAUGGGUAUCUUGCAGCAAAGGAAUUACCUGGGGCACGAUCAAGUAUUCGGCCGCGUCUGGCGAACUGCCAAGCGACUUGGGCGACCGAACCUUCACGUGGUAAUACACGUAUCGAACCAUGGCGAGUAUGACGUUAGUGCUUUCAAGGAUAUCGACCAUGAGCAUUCUGGUUGUUGCUAG